AUGUCCAAAUUCUCAACGACCGACUUGAACAGCAAAAGCAGCGCUGGCACGACCGACGUCGAGAAGCAACUCACCCAUGAGUCUCCAACCGUGCCAAUCGCAGCUCCAAAGACCUUGGGAGCUGGAGUUAGCCUGGUAAUUACCGCACAGUGGGAGCUGUCCGUUGGCAAUGGAUUUGCCUAUACAGUCUUCAGCGCUUUUGGCUUGUUCUAUGCCGGUUUUGGUGCGAUCUUGACCCCUGCCUUCGGGAUUGAGGCAGCGUAUGGAGGCGAUGUGAAGCAAUACAACAACGCUCUCGGGUUCUUCAUGAUCAUGUGGACGGUCUUCGCCUUGGUAUUCCUCGUGGCCUCGUUGCCGACAAACCUGGUCUACAUCAUCAUCUUCUUUUGUGUCGAGCUGGGAUUCUUGCUAGUGUCGGCGUCUUAUUUUGCCACGGCAGAUGGACACCCGACCUCGUCCGUCGCUCUCAAGAAAGGCGGCGGUGCGUUCUGUUUCUUGGCUGGAUUGACCGGGUGGUAUCUGACGUUCGCGUUGCUGCUCAAAGACUCCAUCGUUGAGCUACCACUCGGCGACACUUCCCGGUUCUUCGCGAAGAGAAAGGCGGAAUAA